AAGAAGAAGAAGAAGAAGAUUGACACCCUCUUCAAUUCCGCAACCUAUCUCGUCGUUGAUUGUUCCAGCCAUAAGGGUUAGGGUUUCGGUUUGUUGCCAUGGAUCGUAAGAGAGCAAGGCCUGAAGCUAACUUCAAUGGUAAUGGCGGCGCCAAGAAAUAUCGCCCAGAAACGGAGUCCUUUCCAAGUGGUUUAGGAAGCAAAUCGAAGCCAUGCACAAAGUUUUUCAGGUUCAAAUCUUUAACUUAUCUAAAAUAAAAUCUAAUGCACUUUGAUAUAUGUAUAAAUUUCUAAUGUUUUAGAAAAAUUGUGAUACACAAUGUCUGCAAGAUUAAUCCAUAUGAUUUGACUAAUCAAUUGGGUAGCUAAAGCUGUGAUACAGGUUCUACUUCUAAUUACGAUAACAAGACUAUGAACAGAAAUUGUUGAUUCUCAAGAUCAGUUCUAUUAAGUUCUUCCUGAGGUUUAUAUAAAUGAAAGCAGUUUCUAUGGGAUGCAAAACUUGAUCUAUUUAUUUGCUUGUAUACAAUUUUCUACAAUCCUUCAAAGUAAAGAAGUCUGAUGCAGAUCACUGAAAUGGCUAGAGCAGUACAUGGUUUAGACAUGUUCUUUCAAUAGAUCAAAACAUAAGUGAAUUGAUGCUUAAAGCAUUGAUAAUAUUCUUCAUUCUCAGAUAUGUCUGGAAAUCUUGAAAUUAUGUGGCAUUCAAAAGAUCUUCUUGAUAUGCACCUCUGGCUGUCCAUUUGGUGAAGGGUGCCACUUCCUGCAUUAUGUUCCCGGUGGUCUCAAAGUUGUCUCUCAGAUGAUCAGUGUUGGUGGCAAUCCUACUGUUCCUCAAGUUGGUAGAAAUUCUGUUCCUCCAUCCUUCCCAGAUGGGUCUUCUCCGCCAGUCGUUAAAACCCGAUUGUGCAACAAGUUUAACACGGCUGAAGGUUGCAAAUUUGGUGACAAAUGUCACUUUGCCCACGGUGAAUGGGAGCUUGGCAGGCCUACUGCCCCUGCAUAUGAAGAUCCACGUGUCUUGGGGCAAAUGCAAAGCAGCAGGGUUGGUGGGCGAGUUGAGCCUCCACUUGCAACCCAUGGAGUAGCUGCUAGCUUUGGAGCCUCCGCUACUGCAAAAAUUAGUAUCAAUGCUUCGUUAGCUGGAGCUGUCAUUGGAAAAAAUGGUGUCAACUCUAAGCAAAUAUGUCGUGUAACAGGAGCUAAACUUUCCAUAAGGGAUCAUGACUCGGAUCCUAACCUUAGAAACAUUGAGCUUGAGGGAAGUUUUGAUCAGAUCAAACAAGCCAGUGCCAUGGUUCAUGAACUUAUUCUAAAUGUUAGUUCUGUCUCGGGGCCUUCAACGAAAAACAUGACUACACAGACUUCUGCACCGGCUAAUAACAACUACAAGACUAAGCUGUGUGAAAACUUUGCUAAAGGUUCCUGCACUUUUGGGGAAAGGUGCCACUUUGCGCAUGGAACAGGUGAAUUGCGCAAGCCAUAGGCUUAUAAUUUAGUUUAUGUGAUUUUAGUGAGGAUUGAAUUGUGCAGAAUUUUCUAGUUUUUGAAAUUUUUGUCAAUCAGCUUCUAAUUUGUCACAUGGUAACUAAUGGUGAGUCUUAUAUCAGUUUCUAAAAUUCAGUUGCCUUCCGCUAUCACCGUAUUUAUUUAUUAUUUCGUGUAUUGAAAUUGGCGGGCAAGGACGAGCUUUCAAUUAUAUUUUGUAGUUUUUGUUAU